AACCCUUAUGUUCUUCGCCUCGCCUUCUCCGCUGGGAUUGGUGGCCUUCUCUUUGGCUAUGACACAGGAGUGAUUUCAGGAGCACUUCUUUACAUAGAAGAUGACUUCGAGGAGGUGGAUAGAAAGACUUUCUUGCAGUCACGGGUAUACUGACAGGUGUCAAAAUAUGCUUCAACGUUACAGUCGUGGUCUUGGACUUCACUCAGUCCAAUAGGGCAACUGACCUCUGACAUACUGUUCUUGCGAACAAAAACAGUACGAAAUUGGACUCAGAGAAUUCUUGGGUCAGAGUCCAGCUUCUUUUGUGGGCUUCUAGGCCCUAUAUUUAAGUGAAAGAAUAAUGAUAUAUUUAUCACUCUUUCAUCACUACUUUACCCUUUUUUUAAUUUUUUAAUUUUUUUUAAAAUUUUUUUUACUUAAUGAUUAAUCAAGUAACUAUCAUUAAAAUUAUAUAUUUUUUAAAUUUUUUCUUAAUAGCUAAGGAUGUUAAAAACAUAUUUUAAAAAAUGAUAAAAAAAUAAAUACACUACAAGUGGUAGAGUAGUGGUAAAAGAGUGGUAAGUGUAUCAUUACUCAUCAGUAAAAAUUUCAAUCAUUUUAACCAAGCAUGCUAAUUAAUCUACCGUACCCCUCGAAUGAAAAUUCUCAUAUUGAGAUUGGUGCGGUUUGUAUAUUGAGUUGAGAUUGAAUAAGUUGAGAUGAGAGUUAAAAGUUGAAUAAAAUAUUGCUAGAAUAUUAUUUUUUAAUAUAUUAUUAUUUUGAAAUUUGAAAAAGUUGAAUUGUUUAUUAUACUUUAUGUGAAAAUUUAAAAAAGUUGUAAUAAUUAAACACUUUCUUUCUCUCCUUACAAUGGCGAUUUUUCUCUGAAAAAAAAAAAAACUUCAUCCUCGUUACAUUUAUUAAUGGUGAUGGAGUAAGUGGUUGUUAAUAGAUGGCUGGGUUCAGAGAGUUAGUAGUAGAGUCUAAGUUGCUUACGCUGGUGAAGGAGGGGGGAAACCUACGUAUUGUUGAACAGGGUUGGAAGGAGAGAUAUGAUGUGUUGGUGCGACUCAAUACUGCUUCGUGGCUUGUGAGAGUCCUGGAGGAGUGUUUGAGAGGGGGAAAAAAGGUGGUUUAUUCGGUGAUACGGGAGAGCUUUCGAAGCUUUGUGGCUCAACGGUGUGAGAAUAGGCGUGGGCGUUAUUUGUCCAUUGUAGAGUAUGGUCACACAGGAAGAAAUGGCAUGCUCUGCUUCCCUGAAGGUGAAAAUGGGUGGGGAUGGAGAAGGCUGAAAGAAUCAGUUGCAGAGCUUGUCCAGACAAGGGGAACUAGGACUGGAACUGCUAUCGGACCUCAGGCGAGCAACCUUCGAAGAGGGGUGACCAACCGGUCAUUCAAGGAAGUUCUCACGACAGCUGUUCCAAACCAGGCGUAGAGAAAUGACGGUGACAGGGCCUCUGACGAAGAGGAGCAUCGAGCCUCACACCUUGUACGGGAUGCAGAAGCUAGCAGGUUGCGUGCUGGACAGGAGGCAUGGGAGACCCGUAGGAGGUUGAUGGAGUUGCAAGGGCAACUGAGGAAGCUGCAGAAGGAGAUGGAGGAAGUACGUUGGCAUGUCGGGCUGAAAAAGGAAAGAAGAUGGUACCGGUAUGAGGACAGGGGCAGAAAUGGAAAAGGCAGUACGCUGGAAAAUUAUAAACAGGGGCCUAUGUGGAUUAAAAAGAACGGGACUUUAAUAACAAAUGGGCCGCAAGCAAGGCCCAGCUGGUUUCUAAUGAAACCCAACUGGGUGAGCAGCCGAUGGAAAGGGCCCCAUCGAACGUAAGGGCCUCGUCGAGUGGGCCGGGUGAAGGCCUGGAGAGUGAAGGCCUGGACCCGCGUGAAGGCCUGUACCCGUGUGAAGACCUGGUUGAUCCGCGGGUUGCUGAACUCACGGGUUCGAAUCAACACGCUACCCAACCAGCAAUGCUGCCCGUGCCGUUGCCGGAAGAGGAGAUGUCGGAGGAGCAACAGAACGUGCUGGCGACUUGGGUGGACCUUUCCGAAGACGGCAAACAGGUGUGGGACGACCGGAAUGUGGAGGUGGAUCACGCUAAGGGCACAACGAAGUGAGAGGGAGGGCCGAAUGCACCUCUUCAGACCCAGAAAACGCCGAUUUUGAGCAAGGAAGCCCCGACGAAAACUUAUGGGCUUGUUCCAGACGCGAAUGAACAGAUGGGUUAUGUGGAUCCCGUAUGGGCUUGCUCUGAGAUCCGAAAGGAAGAUAGGCAUGCGUCGGUGGAAGUGAGGGAUCUUGAAGUGGAUGUGAGGGAUGGGGAAGGAGUGGAAGACUCGGAAAUGGAGGGAUCUAUGUAUGAUUCUUUGGAAGGGGUUUCUACUGAUGAUGAGUAUGCACUGACUUUGAAGGAGAACUUAGAUUUGAUGGUUUUUACAGGGGUAGAGGAAACUAGAAAGGUGGAGCCGACACCUUUUAAUUUACUAUUUCCUGUUCAUUCAGGAGUUUCCGGAUGGGUGUUCAAUAAGGUGAAGGAGAUUCAAAAAGUAGUGGGACUUGAGUGCGAGGGUUAUGAGGAACAAUUUAUGGCCUUACUAACAGCUAUCGAAGCAGGGCAUCAACACCAACGGAAAUCCGUUUCGAAAAAACAAAGAGAGCUUAAGCAGUUGAUGUGGUCUUUGAACACCGAGGGUAGUUCAAGUAGGAGUAGGCCGAAAGGGAAGGGGCCAGCCCAUUCUCAAUGAAACCCAAAAUAGUAUCAUGGAAUGUUUGAGGCCUAAAUGAGGUUACGAAACGAUUGCGGAUAAGGCACUUACUUCGGGAGUGGAAAGUAGACAUUGUUUGCUUGCAAGAAACCAAGCUGAAGCAGAUUGAUAGGCGAAUUGUGAGAAGCUUGUGGAGUGGAGUGCAUGUAGAUUGGGUUUAUUUGGCCUCUAAUGGGGCGUCAGGUGGAGUGGUAGUCAUGUGGGACAAGAGAGUGGUGGAAAAAAUGGAGGAGUUUAUAGGAAGGUACACAGUAGCAUGCUCGUUUAAGAGUGUGUCAGAUAACUUUUUGUGGGCUUUUGCAGGUGUAUAGGGCCAAAUUUGGAUAGUAACAGAGUAAUGUUGUGGGAGGAGAUAAUGGGUUUGCAUAGUUGGUGGAAUCUACCUUGGUGUAUUGGGGGUGAUUUUAACGUCACGAGAUUCCCAAGUGAAUCUUUUGGUAAUAGAAGGGGGAGACCAGCUAUGAUUUAAUUUUCUGAAUGCAUCUCUGAUUUGAACUUGGUAGACCUACCUUUAGUUGGGGGAUCCGCCACGUGGGCUAACAACCAAACGUGGUCCCGUCUUGACCGUUUCCUCAUCUCCCCGGAGUGGGAAAGUCAUUUUCCUGAUGUCUGGCAAAGGCGAUUGCCUUGAAUUAGUUCAGAUCAUUGGCCUAUUUUGCUUAAUUGUGGUGGAGUGAGAAAUGGCGGGAGAUAUUUUAAAUUCGAGAACAUGUGGUUGAAGACGGAAGGCUUUGUGGAACGAGUAAGACAGUGGUGGGUGUCCUAUCACUUUCAGGGUACUCCUAGUUUUAUCCUUGCGGGCAAACUGAAAGCUUUAAAACGAGAUUUGAAGCUUUGGAAUACACAUUCUUUCGGUGAUCUAAGGGAUAACGAAGAAAGGAAAAUGAGGGAGAUUCAGGAAAUCGAACAAAUUCAAGAGGUUAGAUCUCUUACCCAAGUAGAGGUUGAGCGGAGGACUUUGUUGGGUGAGGAGCUGGAGAGAAUUAUUCUGAUGGAAGAGAUUUCAUGGCGGCAAAAAUCAAGAGCCUUGUGGCUUAGGGAAGAAGAUCGUUGCACCAAGUUUUUCCACCGGGUCGCAAAUUCUCAUAGGAGAAACAAUAAUAUUGCGAUGCUGAAAAUUGAUAGUACGAAGUGCAGGGAAGAACACGCUAUUAAGGUCCAUAUAGUUGGCUUCUACGAGCAACUUCUUACUGAACCGAUGAGUUGGCGGCCAUUCCCUUAUGGCUUGGUUUUUGACUUCAUUGGGGAGAGUGAUGUUUUUCGAACGGAACAGGCUUUUGAAGAAGAGGAAGUGUCGGAGGUUGUGCAAAAAUUGGCCAAGGAUAAGGCUCCGGGACCGGAUGGGUUUUCUAUGAGUUUUUUCCAAGAAUGCUGGGAUGUGGUUAAGGAAGACAUUAUGAAGGUUUUUCAAGAACUUCAUGAGGCUGGAAAAUUCGAAAAAAGCCUAAAUACAACUUUCAUAGCAUUAAUCCCGAAGAAGGUGGGGGCUAAUGAGGUAAGUGCAUAUCGUCCCAUCAGCUUGGUUAGUGGUGUUUACAAGAUUAUUUCCAAAGUGUUGGCAAACAGGCUUAGUGAGGUGGUAGGGAAGAUUAUCUCUAAGCCUCAAAAUGCCUUUGUUAAAGGUAGACAAAUCCUCGAUGCAGCUCUCAUUGCAAAUGAGUGUGUGGAUAGUAGAAUGAAGAAUGGUGGUAAUGGAAUAAUUUGCAAGCUGGAUAUGGAGAAGGCUUAUGAUCACGUAAACUGGGAUUUUCUACUAUAUAUCCUUGGGAGAUGUGGUUUUGGCGAGAAAUGGAGAGCAUGGAUCCGCUGGUGUGUGUCAACGGCGAAAGUCUCUGUGUUGUUAAAUGGUAGUCCAGCUGGUUUUUUUCAUAGUUCACGAGGCCUGAGACAGGGUGAUCCGUUGUCGCCACUUUUGUUUGUUGUUGUGAUGGAAGGGCUGGGCAGGAUGAUGUCGGCUUUAAGUCGAAAUGGCUUGGUGGGCGGUUUUUCGGUUGGAACCCAGGCGAGAGGCAUUACUAAUAUAUCUCAUAUACUCUUUGCAGAUGAUACCCUUAUUCUUUGUGAUGCAGAUCAGAGUCAGGUGCGGACUUUGAAGGCGAUGCUUCUGUGUUUUGAAGCAGUGUCUAGAUUAAAAGUGAAUUUGAUAAGUCCGAGAUAGUACCAAUUGGAGUGGUGCCAAAUUUAAGACAACUGGCUCGAUCGCUAGGGUGUAAAUUAGCCUCGUUCCCGAUGACAUAUUUGGGUCUGCCAUUGGGGAUAGGGGCAAGAUCGCCCCUCUUGUGGGAACUAGUGAUUGAGAAAAUAGAGAGACGGUUGGCGAGCUGGAAGAGAAUGUAUUUAUCGAAAGGGGGAAGGCUCACUCUGAUUAAGAGUACUCUCUCUAAUUUGCCUACCUACUUCCUAUCUCUUUUUCCUAUUCCAGCAAGAGUAGCAAGCUGUAUUGAGAAAUUACAGCGAGACUUUCUGUGGGGCGGUUUGGGGGAGGAGUUCAAGUACCAUUUGUUCAAGUGGGGAACAGUGUGUCGCCCUUUCUCCAAGGGUGGUCUGGGUAUAAAAAAUGUGAAGGUUUUCAAUCAGGCACUUUUGGGUAAAUGGUUGUGGAGAUAUAGUCGGGAACCGGAUGCCUUGUGGCGAGGGGUGAUUGGGUGCAAAUAUGGAGAUAUAUGGGGUGGAUGGUGUACGAAGGAAGCUAGAGGAGCUGAUGGAGUGGGGUUGUGGAAACAUAUCAGGAAAGGCUGGAUGGUCUUCCUUCGGCAUUCCCGCAUUCAGAUGGGGAAUGGUACCCGGAUCAAAUUCUGGGAAGAUACUUGGUGUGGUGAUGUGUCGUUACAAUAGUUGUUUCCCUCUCUUUACCAAAUUGCCAGCCUUGAAGAGGCUUCAGUGGCGGAGGUAAUGGAUGUAGCAGGAGGACAUCUUCAUUGGAACAUAAACUUUAUCAGGGCGGCACAAGAUUGGGAGGUGAAUCACUUUGUGGCUUUUUAUAGUCUCCUUUACUCUGUGAAGCUGAGUAAUCACCAUGAGGAUUGGUUGUGGUGGGUCCCGCACAGGAAAGGCAAGUUCUCAGUUCGCUCCUUCUAUGUAGCUCUUGAGCAGAAUACCCAAUGUCAAAUCCCUUGGAGGAGGAUAUGGAAACACAAGGCGCCUCUUAAGGCGGCCUUCUUUGUAUGGACGGCGGCAUUGGAUAAGAUCCUCACAACUGAUAAUUUGAGAAAAAGAAGGGUUAUUGUGGUAGAUUGGUGCUGUAUGUGCAGGGAAGGGGGUGAGUCUGUAGAUCAUCUUUUACUUCAUUGCAAGAUUGCAAGGGUUUUGUGGGAUGAGGUGCUAAACAGAGUUGAGAUGGGCUGGGCUAUGCCGGGGACUGUGGCGGCAACUUUGGCUUGCUGGCCCAAUAUAGGAGGCCAGCGUCAGAUUUCAGCAGUCUGGAGGAUGAUACCUAUUUGCAUCAUGUGGUAUUUAUGGCAGGAGAGGAACGCUAGGACUUUUGAAGACAUGGAGCGAAUACGAGAGGAGCUGCUGGCUUUUUUCUUUAGUACGCUUUGUAAAUGGGCCAUUGCUGUUGAUUUCAAUGGGAUGGUCCUUCAUGAUUUUCUUCUCUCUUGUUCCCACUUAAAGGGGCAGUUCCAUGUACAUACUGGGCUAGGCCUGUUUUUGAUUAAUACACUUUUGAUUACUUAUCAAAAAAGAUUAAAUGAGAUGAAAUGAGUUCAACAUCCAAACGGGGCUAAAAAUCUCAGAUGUUUUUUACUCCAAAUCAAUUGCUUUAUGCAUAAUUGUUUAGAAAGGGAUGGAGGUUAAUGUCACAGAUUCAAUCUCACAUGGAUUGGAUAUAUGAGCGAUAGCAGUCUAUUAAUAUUUUUAAUAACUUUGAAGUUUUUUUUUAUCUUACUGUAGUUGGACCAAGAAUUAUUCAUCUAAAAUCAAAUGGUUAAAAUUUGAUGAAAACUGCUCAGUUUUUUGUGGGGGGUGGUGAACUGGGGGUUGGAUGGAGUCCGGGGUUCUGAAAAUAAGAAAGUCAUUGUCAGUUCAAUUUCACAAAAUAAAUUUAAAAAAUAAAAAGGCUUCACUUUCCAAGUCUGUGGUUUCUUGUUAGCCAAUUAAUUUUUAUUGUUUGUCUUUAGAGGGUCUCAAAUUAAAUUUCUAUUACCAUGUAUUAAAACUAAAUUUAUUUAGUAUACUCUGGUUGGUGACAAUAUGUAU